UAACAAAGACAAUGGGACCAGAAUAGGAUAAGAAAUUAAGAUAAAACAUCACAAGGAUCACAUUCACAAAUAAUGAGGGGUGCCGUAUGAUAUUGCUACUACAGCACAUUUUCUUUUCGUUUGAAACAUGAAUUUUGUAUAUAAAUUUUGAUUAGUGAUAAUUUUUCCCAAAUUUCUUUUUGAUGCUUCCAACUUUAAUACAAUACUUGAUUGACAGGGUUGUGACAUUAAUUAAUUAGAGAGUGGGAAUUAAUUCUCUGUGUCUAAAUGGAGGUUGAAAAGGAUGUGUAUAUCAAACAAUACUCAAGUGAUGAAGUGGAUGAUGAUGGAAGAAUCAAGAGAACUGGGAAUGUGGUGACGGCAACAACACACAUAAUAACGGUGGUAGUUGGUGCAGGAGUGUUAGCUCUAGCAUGGGCAAUUGCUCAACUAGGAUGGCUAGCUGGCAUACUUGUUAUGAUCAUCUUUUCUUCCAUUUCCAUUUACACUUACAAUCUUAUAGCUGAUUGUUAUAGAUAUCCAGAUUCAGUUAAUGGCAAAAGAAACUACACUUAUAUGCAAGCUGUCCAUUCAUAUCUAGGUGGAACAAUGCAUGUGUUUUGUGGAUUGGUCCAGUAUGGGAAACUUGCAGGCAUUACAGUGGGAUAUACUAUAACAUCCUCUACAAGCAUGGUUGCUAUAAAGAAAUUGAUUUGCUUCCACAAAAAUGGUCAUGGAGCUUAUUGCAAGUUUUCAAACAAUCCCUAUAUGAUUGGCUUUGGGGUCCUUCAGAUUUUAUUGUCUCAAAUCCCAAAUUUCCAUAAGUUGACAUUGCUAUCAACUAUUGCUGCUAUUACUUCUUUUGGUUAUGCAUUAAUUGGAAGUGGGCUCUCUCUAGCUGUUGUGGUCUCAGGAAAAGGAGAAACAACCCAUUUGUUUGGAACCAAAGUAGGACCAGAAUUAUCUGGAGAAGACAAAAUUUGGAGGAUUUUGAGUGCUUUGGGAAACAUUGCACUUGCUUGCUCUUAUGCUACUGUUGUCUAUGAUAUAAUGGACACAUUAAAGUCAUAUCCAUCAGAAAGAAUACAGAUGAGAAAAGCAAAUGUGUUGGGGAUCAUAACAAUGACAAUACUUUUCCUUCUAUGUGGUUGUUUUGGUUAUGCUGCAUUUGGUGAUCACACACCUGGAAACAUCCUCACUGGCUUUGGAUUUUAUGAGCCCUUCUGGUUGGUCGCCAUAGGGAAUGUUUGCAUUAUAAUCCAUAUGGUCGGAGCAUAUCAGGUGUUGGCUCAACCGCUAUUUCGUAUAGUUGAGAUGGGUGCUAACAUGAUGUGGCCACGCUCAGAUUUCAUAAAUAACGAACGCAAACACAAAAUUGGCUCCUUAACAUUCAAUGUCAACUUGUUUAGGCUGAUUUGGAGGACAAUAUUUGUGAUAAUGGCAACCGUUAUUGCCAUGGCAAUGCCAUUCUUCAACGAGUUUCUAGCCUUACUUGGAGCAUUUGGAUUUUGGCCCCUCAUCGUCUUUUUUCCAGUACAAAUGCACAUCUCUCAGAAACAGAUAAACAGAUUUUCACUCAAGUGGUGUGUGCUCCAACUAUUGAGUUUUGUGUGUUUUCUUAUUUCAGUAGCUGCUGCAGUUGGUGCCACUCAUGGGAUUAGUAAGAAUAUCACAAAAUACAAACUCUUUAGGUAUAAGCAAUAGCCUAUUUCAAAAUGGAACCCAAAUUAAUGUAGCUCAAGUAAAAUAAUUUUAUUUUGUUGACUAGGAUAUAGACUAGUACACAAUAUCAUAUAUAACUUGUCCACCAAGUUAUUGAUUUUUAAGUUUUUUUAUUGAAUUGAUGCUAAAAGUAUGAAUUUGUAGACUGUGAUGUCUAUAGUCCCCAAUUUUAAAAACUUUAUUACUUCCUA